CGCCAGUGCCGGGGCCCUCCCUCGGCUCGCUCGCUCUCCCCCUCUUCUUCUCUCCUCCUUCGCUCCCUCCCUUCCGAGCCCAGUUGCUCAAGCCCGCUUCCUUCCCCAACGCCAGCGCCAGUUCCUCUCCCGGUGGGGCCCGGGAAGGGCAACGAACGCUAGACACUGGAACCGCCGCGGCGGCAACUGCAGGACCAUGGCCGAACCCCAAGGGGCCGCAAAGCGGGCGCCCAAGGCCUCCCUCGCACCGACCGCGCUGAACCUGCGGAGCGCCCCGCAGCCCCGCCCCUCGAGAGCGGACACCGGCAGCCUGGGCAGGUACCGGGGCAACGCCGCCGCCUCCCGGGAGCCCCAGUUCCACGGCUCGCUGAUGCUCUCGGCCACGGGCUCGGGACGGCGGCGGGAAGGGCUGCGGGAGCUGCUAGGGCUGCAGGGGGCGGCUCCCGCCGGGUGGCCGUCGGAGGAGCGCUCGGAGGAACCGUCCCCUAGCGGGCCCAACGGACCAGGCGGUAGCGGGCUGUGCCUGGAGCCCCGGGAGCACGCGUGGAUACUGGCGGCCGCCGAGGGCCGCUUUGAGGCGCUGCAGGAGUUGCUGAAAGCCGAGCCAGGGCUGCUGCUGCGAGGCGACCCGAUCACGGGCUACACGGUGCUGCACUGGCUGGCCAAGCACGGGCGCCACGAGGAGAUCAUCCUGGUGCAUGACUUCGCCCAGCGCCAGGGGCUACAGCUCGACGUGAGCGCCCCGGGUAGCGGCGGCCUCACACCGCUCCACCUGGCGGCCCUGCAGGGCCACGACAUGGUGAUCAAGGUGCUGGUGGGCGCCUUGGGGGCCGACCCCACGCGCCGCGACCACAGCGGCCACCGAGCCUGUCACUACCUGCGGCCCGAGGCACCCUGGAGCCUGCGGGAGCUGUCGGGGGCUGAGGACUGGGAGACCGGCGGUGGCGGCGGCGGCGAGCGUAACAACGCCAACAACAACAGCAGCGGCGGCGGCGCUGCGUGGACACUGAGACGCGCCCCGAGCGCAGUGGGCGCGCCAGCCACGGAGACGACGGCCAGAGCGGCGGCAGCGCCCGCCAAGAAGGACUCCAUGGGCAGCCGGAUGGCGCAAGUUCAAGGCUUUCUCCGCCAUAUGUUCCCCUUCUUCCAGGACCGUUGAAGGCGACAGAGACUGGAGAGCGUGGAGGGACCGCGACGCCACGGCGAGGCCUGUGGUCCGGGGUCCCACUGGAGCCGCAGUCGUGGGCCUGCCAGGAGCCAACCACCUCGGGUUCGGUUUUAGGCACCUGUCUCAGGGCUCCUACAGACACCAGCCAGGAGACGCGAGGGCCAAGGCACCCCUAACCGAGACAAAGCAAAGACCGAGCCCUCCUGGCGCCGAAUCCCCAAACUUCAGGACUAAGGAGUUGGGAGAGGAGCGUGGUCCUUCCCGGGAGAGGGAACGUGAAGCUUCCAGCAGCCAUUUCUGGGCAGGCGGAAGCUCUGGGUUUAUUAGGAAACAUUUGCUAGAAGAAUGAGUUAAGAUUGUAAACCACUGAUGCAGAGGAAGCGCCUAACCUCAGGCCGGCCUGACUUGGCACUUAACGGGUCACUUUGUGUGCGGGCAGCCAGCCCCUGGCAACCUGCUCCAGAGACGACCAGGCCUUACCAGUACUGUUUCUGAUGUAUCACAAAUGACUUCUUAAGCAUAUUAAAGUGGGAUAUGUUUUCCUUUCACAUGA